ACCUCCCGCAGUUGCAUGAUGAACAACAUUCACCAGGUGCGCCGGUGAUUGUCGCCUCAACCUCCCCAACGCUCGCUCGCGCCCUCCUCGCACCCGCCGUUCGUUCCCCAGGAAGCCGCCAUGGCGUCCAGAUCGCAGACCGAGUACUCGCGGCCCGGCGACGUCCUCGUCGUUGUGCAUGAAUUCCAGGCCCGGAGCCCCGACGAGCUCAGUCUGUCGCGGGGCGACCGCAUCGAGCUGAUCGAGCGCGACGACGAUUUCGGCGACGGCUGGUUUCUGGGACGGAAUACAGAGACCGGUGACAGUGGCUUGUUCCCGGAAGUCUACACCCGACCCGCACCGAAGGCGACCAUCAACGCUGCCCUGCAUCAGCGUGCGCCCUCGCAGCCCUCCGCCCAACCUCUCCAUCAUGACCCGAAGCCCGUCGAACCUCCCGCACCCUCCUCCGCCCCUCUACCAUUGGCUACCGCAGAUGCACCGGCGCCCUUGGAGUCCACACCCAGCACGGAGCCGCUUCAGAUUUCGAGUCCCAAUGCGGCGAUACAAGCAGGUGCAACACCCAGGGCGUCCCUCUCGUCGCAACCGAGAAGCAUUAGCCAGGCCUUGAGCGGGGAGCUUCCCAGGGAGGAUGAGACAAUAGGGAGCCCGGUCAUGCACGAGACACUGAGUGUCAUAGAUGAACACAUCACCGACAUGAGCACCCCGCGCCACAGCAUCGUUGGGAAGGACCUGAGAGGCAAUGACUCUGGAAGCGAAUACAGCAGCCACCACCGGCUGUCGUACAUCAACGGCCAGGAGACGGAGGAAGAGGAACAGAAUCUGCACACGGAACAGGAAGUCAUGGCAUGGUCGCCCGCGCGGGUUGCAGAGUACCUCGAAGAUACGGGUGUGGAGAAGAAGCACUGCGAUAUCUUCAAAGAGCAGGAGAUCAACGGAGAGGCCCUGUUGGGCAUGGACCAGGCAACCAUCUUCUUGAAGGAGUUUGAACUCGGGCCGGUUGGACCACGUUUGCGUACCUGGGUGAAGAUCAAGGCAUUGCAGCAAGAAGUCAAGAGCGUAAAAGAUGCCCAGAAAGCGAUGAGCACUUUCGAUGGACAGGAGGAGUCCACGGUUGAGCCAGCCAGGAAUCGCGCUACGUCCAUGAAUGCGGUCCUUCCGCGGAUACCAAGUCUUAGGGAGUCCCAGGGUAUGAAGGGUAGUCCCGGCCGACAGGCACUUCCACGCGCCCACUCCACCGCAGGCCAUUCUCCCGGACUCGGGCACGAAAUGACUUCACCUUUGGCGCACGUGACGCCCUCGUCUCCUAAGCCCGGCACGCCGACACGGCCUUCAGCCGCAUCCGUCCGCAGUCUGAAUCACAACCGACGUCAUUCUUCCAUCGAUUCUACUAUGAAUAUGCCACCCCCGGGCGUCAAGCCACCACCGGUAGCACCUUCGGCACACAAGAAAACCCCUUCAUUUGACCGCAAUUGGACAAUGGGCUCUCCGCAGCUCCCCUCACAAGAGCUGAAAAGACCGUCGUCCUCCCAUCAUGCGCACUCGACUAGCACAGAUGGAACCGCGUUCGCUGGCCGCGAAGGGACUUUGAGUUCCAUGGCGGCCGCCGACCUUGAUCGAGGCUAUUUCUCCGGCGGAGAGGUGGAUAACCGCAAGGCCAGAAAUGUCCUACGCAAGAAAGACUCACCAAAUCACUCACGAAACCCCAGCUAUAGCACCGAAGCCGGACGUCGGGCCGUAUACAACAAGCGCCACAGCAGAAUCGGUAGCUCAGAUUCUACGGCGGAAACCGGCGGCCCCAUCUCUCCUGCGGCGAGAGCAUACUACGGGUCAAGCAUCAAGAGUCAUCGCAGCUCGAGCACUUUCGAGUUUGUGCGACCAUUAAAGCCCAUGAACGAAAUGGCUCCUACAGUGACCAAGCUAGACUACGCUGAUUCGCCUAGCAUCGACGCCAUCGCGAACUCGCCACGAGUCCUGAGCAGCGAAACUUCGUCACAAGGGCGCGCAUCGCCCUCGCCAGCAGCUCAAACACACUCCCACUCAUUCUUCGGGAAGAAGUCACGGAGCACUGGCCUCCGAGCAAUAUCAGACGCAAUCACUGGAACGGAGAGGGCCAAUGCAAGCGCGGGAGAACUCACUGCCUCACCAAUAAAAGAAUCCCCCAUGCAGUCUCCAUCUCGAACCGGCUCCAGCACGCCCUCUGGUACCUCAGUAUCGAAGAGCUUUGAUUUUGAAAACCCGGAGAUCAACAAGCGACUGACUGGUGGAUCGACGUCAACCAAGGAUACUGGACGGAAGAAGCCGAAGAAGCAUAGUACCAGCGCAUAUCUCCGAGGCCGGGAAACCAUUACUCCCCAGGAAGCCAUGCAAGGUUGCGACUACAGCGGCUGGAUGAAGAAGAAAUCGUCAAGUUUGAUGACGACAUGGAAAACACGAUUAUUCGUGCUCCGAGGGCGACGACUUUCGUAUUUCUACACUGAAAUGGACACGGAAGAGAAGGGUCUUAUUGAUAUUUCUUCACAUCGUGUGCUUCCAGCGAAUAACGAGAGGAUCACGGGCUUACAUGCAACAAUCACUCGCGCCUCGUCAUCGCCAUCGUCGCCCCAGAACGCGACAAUACCAACGGCUGCAUCUACCGAUGCUGCGAACGGCAUAGAAGAGGACGUAUCGGGCAUGUUCAUUUUCAAGCUUGUCCCUCCUCGCGCUGGCCUACAAAGGGGCGUUCAAUUCACCAAGCCUAUCGUGCACUACUUCGCGGUUGAUAACGUCCAGAUCGGGCGUUUGUGGAUGGCUGCUCUUAUGAAGGCUACUAUCGACCGGGACGACUCGCUCAACGUCACCACAACAUACCAGCAGAAGACAAUCUCGCUGGAGAAGGCUCGCCAGAUGCGGCAACGACCACCAGCGCUGAUGGAUGACGACGAUAUCGACAAUGGUUCUGGCGAAAUCGAGAGCAAGAAGAGCGAGAAAUCUAAGGAGAGCAUCCAAGAGAGCGUCAUUCAUGAAGAGGACGAGAAGCAAGGUCUUGCCAUUUCAGGCCUGGACGAUGCGAAGGCUCUGCUAGAGUAUGCGGAGAAUGGCGUGGACCCGCCGCAGUCUCCAACACCUGAACAGCCGAAGUCCGACCAUAAGCGAAAUGAGAGCUUCACACCAGGUCUCGUCUCCCCGAUUGGAUGAGCACCAACUUCUCAGUGUGUGUACGCAUUCAUUCAUUCUUUUCAAGAGUAUAUUAUUUCUAUUGCCUCACUCGGUAUAUGCUUUAAUCCGCUCAUUGCGAGGACGUCC